GUGGAUGAUGCUGCGGCAAGCGAUCUACGGCGCGCUCAAAGCCUCGUUCUACUGGCUCGGCUUGUUCGUGAGCCGGCACCCGGUAUUCUUCCUGACCGUGCCCGCCGUCCUCACGGCGCUGCUGGGCGGCGCGGCGCUGCGUGGAUUCGCGCCCGAGGCUGACCUGGAGCGGCUGCUCGCGCCCGCGCACAGCCUCGCCAAGGUCGAGCGGCGCCUCGCCGACAGCCUGUUCCCGGUGGAGCGCUCGAAACACCGCCUCUACUCGGACCUGCACACGCCGGGCCGCUACGGCCGCCUCAUCUUGCUCGCGAAACGCGGCGCCAACGUGCUCGAGCUGGCCGAGCAGGUGCUGCGCGUGCACCGGCACGUGCUGGAACUGCGCGUCGCGCACCGCGGCUUCAACUACACGUUCGCGCACCUCUGCGUGCUCGACGGCCAGCGCGAGCCGCGCCGAUGCGUCCUCGAUGAUAUAAUCGCGAUCUUCGAGGACAUCCGCGAGGCCAUUCUAAACAACAACACGUUCGCUAAAGUGCCCGUGAGCUACCCGAACACCACGUUAAGGGAUGGCCGAGUGGCAUUUAUCGGGCACCAGCUGGGCAGCGUUGUGCUGGCAUCACAUGGGCGUGAGCGGCAUGUCAAGUCGGCACGGGCUGUCCAGAUCACCUACUACCUACGUCGGCUGGCUCCCACGGUACAGGAUGCUAUUGCUGAGAAAUGGGAGAACGAGUUUGGUAAGAUGGCGCAACAUUUAGCAACAGCCAGCCCUGACCUGCACGUGCAGGCGUUAACAUCGUUUGGUCUGUGGCGCGACUUCCAUGCGACGGGGGCACUGGCGAAGGGCGAGGUGCUGGUGGGCCUGGUACUGGUGCUGCUGGCUGCCACCAUCUCCAGCUCUAUGCGUGACUGUCUACGUGGGAAGCCCUUCCUGGGGCUGCUCGGUGUGCUCACUGUCUGCAGCGCCAAUGUCACCGCUGCUGGCAUCUUUUUCAUCUCACAUGGCAAGUUCAACUCCACGCUGCUCGGCAUCCCCUUCUUUGCCAUGGGGCACGGAACCAAAGGAGUGUUCGAGCUCCUGGCUGGCUGGAGAAGAACCCGGGAGAGUCUGCCGUUCAAAGAGCGAGUGGCAGAUGCCUUUGCCGAUGUGAUGGUAUGCUACACCAUGACGAGCUCGUUGUAUAUCAUCACGUUCGGCAUGGGCGCCAGUCCUUUCACCAACAUCGAGUCCGUGAAAGUGUUCUGUCAGAGCAUGUGCGUGGCCAUCCUGGUCAAUUACUUCUACGUCUUUUCCUUUUACGGCUCCUGCCUGGUGUUUGCUGGCCAACUCGAACAGAAUCGCUACCACAGUGUUUUCUGCUGCAAAAUCCCCUCUGUAGAAUACCUGGACCGCCAGCCCACAUGGUUCAAGACCAUGAUGAGUGAUGGCCAUGAUCUUUCCACACACCAUGACAGUAUGCCCUACCAGAAUCACUUUAUUCAGCACUUCCUGAGGGAGCAUUACACAGAGUGGAUUACUAACACAUAUGUCAAGCCCUUUGUGGUCAUCCUCUACCUGAUCUAUGCCUCGUUUUCAUUCAUGGGAUGUUUACAAAUCAGUGACGGCUACAAUAUAGUGAAUUUACUCUCCAGCAACUCGCCCAGUGUGUCGUUUGCCCUGACCCAGCAGAAACUGUUCAGCAACUAUAGCCCAGUGAUAGGAUUCUACAUCUAUGAGCCUAUUGAAUACUGGAACUCCACAGUACAGGAGCACCUCAAGACACUGGGGCAGGGUUUCAAUAAGAUUUCCUGGAUUGAUAAUUACUUUAAUUAUUUGAAGGUCACAAAUGUCAGCGCAUCAACCAAAAGCGAUUUCAUCAAUAUUCUCAAGACGGCAUUUCUUAGAAGACCGGAGUACCAGCACUUCACGGAAGACAUAAUUUUCUCAAAAAAUGGCGAUGAGUAUGACAUCAUUGCAUCCAGGAUGUACCUGGUAGCGAGAACCACUGAGAAGACAAGGGAGGAGGUGGUGGAGCUGCUGGAGAGACUCAGACCCCUCUCUCUUAUAAACAGCAUCAAGUUCAUCGUCUUCAACCCCACCUUUGUGUUCAUGGACCGCUACAGUUCCUCAGUUGUCUCCCCAAUUCUAACAUCAGGUUUCAGUGUCCUGACCAUCCUCAUCCUCACGUUCUUCCUCGUCAUUAACCCCUUAGGGAACUUCUGGUUGAUUUUGACCGUCACGUCUGUGGAGCUGGGUGUCCUAGGCCUCAUGACACUCUGGAAUGUAGAUAUGGACAGUAUCUCUAUCCUGUGCCUUAUUUAUACUCUGAACUUUGCCAUGGAUCACUGUGCCCCUCACCUCUACACGUUUGUACUGGCCACCGAGCACACCAGGACUCAGUGCAUCAAGAUUUCGCUCGAAGAGCAUGGGGCAGCCAUUUUGCAGAAUGCCUCGUGCUUUGUGAUUGGGAUAAUGCCCCUGCUCUUUGUGCCUUCCAACCUGACCUACACACUGUUCAAGUGCUCACUACUCACCACCGGAUGUACAGUGCUGCACUGUUUCAUCAUCCUCCCGGUCUUCUUGACUUUUUUCCCUCCCUCCAAGAAAAGGCACAAGAAAAAGAAACGGGCGAAGAGGAAAGAGCGCGAGAGGGAGCGCGAGAGGGAGGAGAUCGAGUGCAUCGAAGUCAGAGAGAACCCCGACCAUGUGACCAGCGUCUGAGACGUUUGUGCGAGUGUAACCGGGAGCGUAACCGGGAGCGUAACCGGGAGCGUAACCGGGAGCGUAACCG